AUGGCUUGGUUGCGGCAGCCGGAAGCCAGCGUCCGGGCUCGCGGCGCGCUGGCGCUGCUGGCCCUGGCACUGUGUGCUCCCGGGGCUCGGGGCCGGGCGCUCGAGUGGUACUCGGCCCUAGUGAACACUGCGUACGUGGACCCACAGACGAACCUUACAGUGCGGAGCGUCUCGGAGAGCGGCCGCUUUGGCGACAGCUCUCCCAAGGAGAGCGCACAGGGCCUUGUGGGCAUCCCGCGCGCGCCGGACCGCCACCCGGAGGGCUGCGCGCCGGACACCCGUUUCCAUGUGCCCGCGUCCGGCGGCCAGGGUGCUGUGCCCUGGGUCGCUUUGGUGGCGCGCGGGGGCUGCACAUUCAAGGACAAAGUCUUGGUGGCGGCACGAAGGAACGCCUCAGCAGUGGUGAUCUACAACGAAGAGCGCUACGGAAACCUCACUGCGCCCAUGUCUCACGCGGGAACAGGAAAUAUAGUGGUAAUUAUGAUUAGCUACCCAAAAGGAAGAGAAAUUUUGGAUCUGGUGCAAAAAGGAAUUCCAGUAAAAAUGGCCAUAGGGAUCGGCACCCGUCACGUACAGGAGUUCAUCAGUGGUCAGUCUGUGGUGUUUGUAGCCAUUGCCUUUAUCACCAUGAUGAUUAUCUCAUUAGCCUGGCUAAUAUUUUAUUAUAUACAGCGUUUCCUUUAUACUGGCUCACAGUUUGGAAAUCAGAGCCAUAGGAAAGAAACUAAGAAAGUUAUUGGCCAGCUUCCAGUUCAUACUGUAAAGCGUGGAGAAAAGGGAAUUGAUGUUGAUGCUGAAAAUUGUGCAGUGUGCAUUGAAAAUUUCAAAGCAAAGGAUAUUGUCAGAAUUCUGCCAUGCAAGCAUAUUUUUCAUAGAACAUGCAUUGACCCUUGGCUUUUGGAUCACCGAACUUGUCCAAUGUGUAAACUUGAUGUCAUCAAAGCCCUGGGAUAUUGGGGAGAGCCUGAAGACGUGCAGGAGAUGCCCACUCCAGAAUCUACCCCUGGAAGUGUUUCAGCUGCAAAUCUGAGUAUUACCUUACAAGACGAAGACAGGAGUGAUGGCAGUAAUUUACCAUCAUCUUCCACUGAUGAGUCUGUGCAUCAGUGCAACACCAGUUUUAAAGAUGAUGCAGGUGAAAAUACAGCACUAUUGGGUUUUUCAUUCAUUCGUGAUUCUGCCUUUGACAUCAGGUCAACUUAG